AUGGCUUUCGGUCCCCUCAGGAAACGCGGCCACAAGCGCAACAACACCACGAAUGACAUCGACACGAACGGUCUUGUCAACGGUCCCUCCGAGGGCACCAACACCAACAGAAACAGACUGCAGCGCUCUUUCGCGUCGAUGAACCUCCUCGGCUUCAUCGGCGCUCGUGAUCAGCCGCGUCGUAGUUCCGCCUCAUCCACUGGCUGGCGCGCCCAUUCUCGCCGCAACUCCACGGAUGCCGCUGGCGUCCUCACUUCCGUUGACAAUGCGACCGAAGCCCAGGCGUCUCCUGUCCCUGUUCCCGCCGCUUACGAAGCCGACGACGACGAGCGCACGAUCUUCCACCAGCGCGUCCGGCGCAGGGAGAGCCAGGUUGCCGAGCUAUCGGCAGCCCUCACCCAUGAUGAGGCUGAGAGACAGCGAUCCGUUCCCUCCGUCAGUGAGCACUCCAAGGCAUCGACGUCAGCCACGCAAGCCGCAUCGCUCGCCCCGCCCACCCAGACACCCUCCGUAAUCCCCAUCGCAGCAGCGCGGUACACGCAGAGCCAGGAGACAGCGGGCAGCGCGCCGGGCAGCGGCUCACAGCAGCCACAGCCGCCGAUCGAGCUGGUCAUCGCCGCGGUCUGGAUCCUGACCAACGCGGGCUUGAUGAUCCCCGGCAUCGGUUGGGAGGCGGCCGUCCUCCGCGUGAACGUCCUGUUGACCGAGUUUUACAGAGCGAACAACCUGCCUCUGCCGCGCCACUUUGUGCCUCAGAACCCGCUGGACCGCUUUUGGGAGCCCCGUGUGCAGCUGCUGCAGCGCCAGAGGGCGGUCGAGCUGGAGAUGCAGAUUGCGGGCUUGAUUGAUCAGAGGUUGGGGUUGCAGUUGGCUGACCGCAGUCCUGUUUUGGAGGUGUUGUUGCGCAGGCUUAGGGAGUUGCUUGCGAGGGAAUAGGUGGUGGUGGUGGUUGUGGUGGUGCCCGCUUUGCUACUGGAAGCACAGUGGCGGGGCGGCGUAAUGGUAGUGGCGACGGCGACGUUGUCUGGCGUUGUGCGCUCCCGGUAGCGUUCUGGUAAGUCGGGUGUCGUCCCAGUCGGAAACGCCAGACCUUUGGGACCGGUGUUUGUACGCUAACAUUCUGGGGUGCGGUUUUUUGGUCUUCUUUUCUCCCGCCCGCUCUAUUUACC